UUUGCAUCAUGCCCUAAAGGUAACCGACUCGAGCAGAACGCUAGCAAGCUUAUACACUGAGAAGCUUUUCCACGAGGAAAAAUCAUUAAAAAUGAAGACCAAAACAUUUGGAACUGUUUUGAUGUUGUUGGUCGCCUUCGCUGCUAGUGCCAAAACGUUUGAAGUACAAACUGGCGAUAUUUUACGACACUUAUCGAAUAAUGACUUUUUGUCGAAGUAUGAAGAUACCGACGAGGACAACGGGGGACCAUCUUCUGAGUUCCGACCAAUGGGCUACGACUGGUCGAAAGAAGACCUCGGUUAUGACAAACGAGGUGUGGACACCGAAUGCCUCGAGAGAAAACGCACACUCGCCACCAAUAAUGGGGUCACUCCAGAAGAACUUUGUGCAAAAGAGAAGGAUUUCUUCUCGAAGUUACCAAAAGUUUUAAGAAAUCUUGAAAAAAUUUUGGAAAGAACUCUUAAAAAGGCGCGCAUACAGGGAAUAGUGACAGGCAGGAUAAAAGGACUUCAUUCCUUGGUAAAUAAAAUGAAUGGAGACAAAAUAACUGAUGUACGUGAGAUUACAGAUAUCGUAGGACUACGCGUGACUCUUCAGACACUUAGUGAUAUCCGUGCAUUCAAACGAGCUUUUCUCGGCUCCUAUAAUAAAAAAGUGACCGAGAUUCGUUGCUAUGGUACAUGUGGCCCAGAUGUUGGCAGUAAUGAUAAACGACAGAAAAAAUAUUGGCCUAUGAAACCAUCUGGAUAUCGUAGACUUCAUUUCAAGGUAAAAGUUUCCAGUUUGGAAACCGAAGCUGAAAUCCAAGUUGGUACUCCUUACAUGACGCUUUGGGCGGAGUGGGAACAUGCCGCGGUGUAUAAAGGACCAGAACACCUUCACAAUGACAAAAAAGUUCGUUCAUAUGCCCAAAGGCUGGCGGAAUAUUACAUGAUGUUGGAUAACAUUCGCGAUGGGAUGAACGUUUGGUGUCCCAAGGCUUUGAGAUCGACUUCGGCACGUGAUAUUUUCUCAGAUCGCGACUGGAAGGUCUUUGGAGAACCAAACGACGCUUGCAAUUUCUGGAAUGAUCUGCGCGUUGAUAUGCCUUGAACAUGACAAUUGUUUUCAUCUACUCUCUUUGUAUGUCUUAAAAUUUGUAGUUCAUAACAUGUA